AUGACGAUCGGUGACGACAGAAAGAGGAAACCCAACAUGAUAACUGACUAUAACCACAUGAAGUGUGGUGUAGACUUGUUGGACCAAAUGGCGCGAAUGUAUUCCGUAAGAGCAGCAACACGCAGGUGGCCAGUAGUGGUUUUCUACAAUAUUCUGGACCUGGCGAAGAUGAAUGCCUACAUUUUGUACAAGGGAUAUUUUCCACAACAUGACUGUAAGGAUGAGGAGGGGCUCACAAAUCAGCAGGUCUGUAACCAGGAGAAGAACUCCAGUUUAGGCCAGGAGGAUCCUUCACAGAUUAAAGGGGAACAGGAGGAACUCAGUACCAAUGAAGAGGAAAAACCACUUGUGCUAAUGCAGGAGACUGCAAAUUUUCCAUCUCGUGAAAAAAGUGACCACAGUGAAUCAGAACCAAGCUGUGACCAGUGCCUUUCUCACAACUCUCCUGACACAGAUCAGGAUGAAAGCAAGGAUGGUAACUCACACAGAAAUAAGUUGGAGGAAAUUGUAUCAGGCCUGACAGUUCAAAAUUCCAAGGCAGCUAAGUUAUGUAGAACCUGUGGGAAAAGAUUUAUUUGGAAGUCAGACUUGACUAAACACAUGCGAAGUCACACUGGUGAGAAACCACAUUCUUGUAGCACCUGUGGGAAAAGAUUUAAUUUGAAACAAAUUUUGAAUAUGCACAUGCGAAUUCACACAGGUGAGAAGCCACAUUCUUGUAGCACCUGUGGGAUAAGGUUUACUCGGAAGGCUCACUUGAAGAGACACAUGCAAAUUCACACAGGUGAGAAGCCACAUUGCUGUAGCACCUGUGGGAAAAGAUUUCCUGUAAAAUCAAAUUUGAAAGCACACAUGCGAGUUCACACAGGUGAGAAGCCAAAGUCUUGUAGCACCUGUGGGAAAAGAUUUACUCAGAAAGGUCAGUUGAAGAGACACAUGCAAAUUCACACAGGUGAGAAGCCACAUUCUUGUAGCACCUGUGGGAAAAGAUUUACUCAGAAGGGUCCGUUGAAGAGACACAUGCAAAUUCACACAGGUGAGAAGCCACAUUCUUGUAGCACCUGUGGGAAAAGAUUUAGUCUUAAGGGUAACUUGAAUGUGCACAUGCGAAUUCACACAGGUGAGAAGCCACAUUCUUGUAGCACCUGUGGGAAAAGAUUUACUCAGAAGGGUCCGUUGAAGACUCACAUGCAAAGUCACACAGGUGAGAAGCCACAUUCUUGUAGCACCUGUGGGAAAAGAUUUAGUCUGAAGGGUCACUUGAAUAUGCACAUGCGAAUUCACACAGGUGAGAAGCCACAUUCUUGUAGCACCUGUGGGAAAAGAUUUACUCAGAAGGGUCCGUUGAAGAGACACAUGAAAAUUCACACAGCAGGAGUGUGGGAACAGGAGGGCAGCGAGCUCACGUAUCAGGGGAGCGGAGACACAGAGCACGAGCACUGA